UGAGAGGAGGAAAGGAUAGAGAAAGAAAAGUGAAGAAGGAAGCUAGAAGACAGAUAGCUCAACAGAUAGAUAGAUCUAUAUAUAGAUAGACAGAUAGAGGUGUGUCCUUUUUUGUUUUCAUUCAUGCAGUUGUAGGAGAGGAUAGGAGGAGCAGCGCUUUCCCUCUCUUUCAUUCUCUUUCACACACAUAUGCACGUGCACUUACAAACACCAACACAUACAUUUUCUCUGCCGAGAGGGAUGGACUCUCCUCCCCUGUGACUCCCAGGGAAGAGAGGAAGCAGCGGAUUUUGCAGCUCACACACACGGACACAUACUCUUUCUGUCUCUUUCAUCUCGCUAAUCCGGAAGAGCACAUGUGUUUCAGAGUGGACUAACAAACAGAGGGAUGCGUCAUGAAGUCUCAGCAGAAGUGCAUUGUGAUCUUUGCCUUGGUGUGCUGCUUUGCUGUAUUGGUGGCCUUGAUUUUCUCUGCUGUGGACAUCUGGGGUGAAGACGAGGACGGGAUCACAGAGGAGAACUGUAGCAAGGAUUGCAGAGCCGUGCUCGUGGAGAACAUCCCAGAAGACAUUUCCUUCUUAAACAACAGCACGUCCCACCUCCCCCUCUCCAUAGGGCUGUACAACCUACUGAAUCAAGCUAUCCGGGUCGUAGAGAUAGUUUCCCCACAGUGGCUCCUUAACUCCUCUGAUAAUGAAUCCAGUUUCCAGCCUGCUGCCCGACAGGGCAGGGCUCUGCUGUCCAGCCUGCAGGGACUGAAAGCAAGAGGAAUUCAGCUGAAGAUCUCAUCUGGAAUAGCUAACUCAACUGAGCUCACUAAACUCAAUGCUGAGGUUCACUAUAUUAACAUGACAGCUCUGACCAAAGGCAACCUUCACUCCUCCUUCUGGGUGGUCGACAGGAAACAUUUCUACAUCGGCAGUGCCAGCAUGGACUGGAGAUCUCUGGCCACCAGGAAGGAGCUGGGUGUGUUGGUGUACAACUGCAGCUGUCUGGCUCUGGACCUCCACAAAGUGUUCAGUCUCUACUGGGGUCUCCAGUAUAAAGACUUUAUUCCCACCUUCUGGUCCAAGCGCCUAUUUGCUGUGUCCAACAGAGACACACCACUGAGUCUCACAAUCAAUGGCACAAAAGCCUUGGCCUAUGUUUCUAGCUCACCGGAUGUUUUCAUUCCCAAACAUCGCAGCAGUGAUCUGGAAGCUAUUGCCAGGGUCAUCCAAGAAGCCAACCAUUUCAUAUAUAUCUCCAUCACUGAUUACCUGCCCCUCAUCGGCAGAAACACCAGCAGGUACUGGUCGCGUAUCGACAGCCUUAUAAGAGAGGCUCUGAUCCUGAGGAAUGUACGAGUCCGUCUGCUGAUAAGUUGCUCGGAAAAGACUCAUCCGCUAACUUUCAACUUCAUCUGGUCCCUGAGGAGUCUGUGCAUGGAGCAGGCCAACUGCUCACUAGAAGCUAAAUUCUUCAACCCCAGGGGCCAGAGGGAUGUCAGUCUCGAAGGAAUAAACCACAACAGGUUUAUGGUUACAGACAGAGCCAUUUAUUUAGGUAAUCUUGACUGGGAGGGGGAUGAGUUUACCUUUAAUGCAGGAGCAGGCCUUGUGAUCAGUAAGGUAGAAGAUAUCGACGACAGGAACUUCACCGUCGUGGAGCAGUUACAGGCUGCGUUUGAGCGGGACUGGUUUUCACAGUACACCAUCCCCCUGCAGGCUAAUAAAUUCCUGGUUUGCAACAAGCACCAGAUCAAACCAAUGGUGUUACUCAAAGCCAGCCAGCUACGCGAUGGACCACUGCCUAUUCGGAAAGGGCAGCAUAAUAAAGGAUCUAUACUACCAAGAAAUCAUCACAAAGUUGUUGGACAGACACCGGACGAAACAAGGCACCGUAACGACAGACUGAGCAAACUUACUCGACAAGGCACUGCUAGUGGGUUAGUGCCAGUUAUGGACAACUACCAAGAGAGGAGUCAAAUGAAAAUGAGUCGCUUUGACCAAAAACAGGUAGAAAUAAAAGGUAACGCCGACAAUCCAAUGGAACUACCCAGUCAGUCCGCUGAGAGCAGUGGUGGCAGAGAGAUCGCCAAUGGAUUUGUGUGACCACAAAAAUCAUGUUUGAAGAACUUCUUUCCUCCAGUGGCAAUGGACUUCCAACACUGGGUCUUUGUAGCAGUUUAUUAUUGUGAUUUUAUAGAAAGAAACUUUUCAAAUUUAGGUAUCUGGUUUGCAGGACUUGAUAAAAGGAAGAACUCAGGAAGGAAAGUAAAUGCUCCAAAGCAGGCUGGCACUUUUGAAUCUUAACAAAUGAAACCAAAUCAUUUUGGUUUAGAAUUCUGAUUAGUAGGCUAAUAAUAUUUUACAACCUUACAACUUAUAUAUUAUUUUUUGUCCUUGUUUAGAUCUCCCGGGAAAGGAAAUAAAUUGCACUGAUUGCCUAAAUAUUGUAUGUCACUUAAGCUAACAUUCAUAAUUAAUCACCCUUUAAAAGGAGGGAUAACAGCUGCAUGUGAAGAGGCAGGAGGCACGUUAGCAUAUGUAGCUACAGUCGCUACAUCUGGCAUUCAGAAUUCACCACACACAGGUUACCACACACCUUAAGCUGUUGCAGAUCUCUAACUGCCUCUGUGCUUUCAAUGGUAUUGAAUAUGUUAGCCUAAAGUAAACAGGUUUAUGCUUUUCCCAUAGUAUUCACUCACACCAGAACAUUAUUUAAAUUGCAAAAUUCUUAAAAUCAACAAUUAAGCAGAGACUGAAAUAAAAGUUUAAUCGGCUUCCUGGAAACAAACAGCUUCAUAUGUCUAAGCCAAGUAAUGUAUUGAUCUCUAAUUAUAAGCAUUAGUUGUUUUAGAAAAAAAAACUGAUGAAGUGGGCCAUUUAAGGGAUUGCUCAAACCAUGUCCACCAUGUUUUAUUUCCAUUUCCAGAAGUAUGAACAUGGGUGCAUUGUUCCACUGCAUGACUGAAUUAGAUGAUGCAUUUGAUGGCUUAGCAUCCUCCAUCAGCCACUACUUUCAAUAAAGCAAGCUGUGGUCUUUUAUGGUGGAAGGAGGGGGAGCUAACGAUCCAGAAGGGUCUUAAAAGAUCAUUAUCGAUAACCAUAAACAAAUCCUGGGAUUAGAGGCGGAUUGCAUGGAUAUCUCUAGUAUCCUUUCAAACCCAGCAUUGGGACUUAUUGAACAAAUACUGAAGUAGCAUUAAGACGAAAGGGGCCAGAGGGUCUCUGCUGUCAACCAAAUCAAUACAAUGAAUUUUUAACAGAGCUUGACAGAGGCAGUUGCUGUAUUUUAACCUCAAGGACAUGUUGGCCUGUAAUGUCAUGCCUGUGACAGAAUAUAUAUUCCCUUUAUCUUGUGGAGAUAGAGCUACAAAUCUAGCAUCUUUAGUUUAUACUUGACUGAAAGCUUGAAGCAACAUUUAUUUGCAUUUCGAAUGAUUGCAUGUUUACACACUCUUUGCUACAAGUGUAACUUUUAGAAAUGAUUCUUGUGGGAUUUAUAAUAAUACAGAAGGGUUUUUUUUUCAACUUUCAAAGCCAUUAACUGAGUAAAGUCAAAAACACCACCAGAGAGAAAAUCGUAGGGAUGUCUUUGUCUAAAAUGUAUAUAUGUGUUUCUAUGGAGUGUUUAACAUGACACAUGCGUCAUCAGUGUUAUGUCUGAUUUCAGGAGAGAAUUAAUUGACAAGUAUUCUGAUAAUGUAUUAAUUAUAUAAACAGUCAUUUUCUAUCAUUAAUAUAUGAGGUGACGUUUCUUGACCCAGCUAAUAAAGAUAUUAUCAAUUUAAUCAGUAAUGAAAACAAAACAUUAGUUCCAUCCCUAAAACAAUAUCUGGGGUUUGGUUAUUUUUCAGGCUGUGUACCAUUUGAAAAACGAAUGUCUGUCGAGGUUCUCAGUCAUCCACGCCGUGGUAGUCCUAAGCAUGUUACGUGAAGGCAGCUGGAUCUUUUUAAAUUGGCACAUGGAUCAAAAGGAAGUCCAGUUUUCUUCAUUUCAGGAGCUUAGGAUUUCAAAUGUUUGUUGGCCAAUAUCGAGUCAGUUGAAACUUGGGUAGCUGCUGCCAUCUAGUGGAUGUCACGAGGCAAAUUACUUGCGUUCACUUAAAAGUUGCUAUUAAAUGUUAAAUGAAAAAUUCAGCCUUGAUCAAGCAACAUGUUGGUUCACAUCUGCUGAUUUUAUGCACGUGUAACAUGCAUAACAGGCAGUUCCAUGAGCAUGUGUGUGUUUUAUCAGAUAACACUUAACUGACUCUAUCCUGAGAGCUAUUCUUUCACACCAGAAUGUAUAAACUAUAAACAAGAAUAAUACCAUUUAAAAAAUUAUUUCAUUCUGAAAAGCAAAAAACUUUUUUUACUACUUAUGUGUACCCUAAGAACCUAUACCUUUCUGUGCAAGACACAGCCACGUAUCUAUCUUUAAUAAUUACUUCAUAAAAGUAUCCUUAAAUGACAAACACAGUCAUUUUUCAUUUGUAGCAUAACUUCUCCAUACCAAGUGAGUAGACUUUGAGAAUAUGACAAUAAUAAUAUCUAUGUGUAAAGCACUGUGUCACCACACUGUAAUGCUUAUCUGCCAGCUGACCUGGAGUCAGAUUCACUACUAUACGCUGCUAUUAUCUAUGAUUGUCAUAUGGGGAGGGCGGUAACGCUGGUACUGCAUUCUGCCCAGGUUUUUUUUUAUGGUUUUUGUGUUUUGUAACUAUUCUGUUUUGGAAAACAAAUCUUUUUCCAGUUACAGUGGGGAUUAUUUUUAGCUUUGUACACAGUACACAGAUGCCAAGAUUUAAGUGGUUUAAAAUCUGCUACAUGCAACUUAUAGAUUCAGAGCAAAAUAAAAAAACAAAAACAAACUGGAAUGUUUCUGAAUUGUGUGUUGUCUGCCUGUCCAUUGCUCCAGCGAAAUGUUCAUUUUUCAGUGGAAACUCUGUAACAGAUCAUAUUUUUCUUGUACACAGAAGGGCAGAACUGCUUAUUUUAGCAAAACAAAGCACUAUUACCGAGAGAUACAUUUCAAAUACUGCCUGUAAAGCUUUUUAAAUGUUGCCUACCUUUAGUAUGUUUUUUCGGCAUGACUGCUGCUUGCAUGCCUUGCCUUUAUGAGCUGUGCACAAUAGCUAUGAGCCUUUCUUGAGAUGAUGCUAAUAAUGAAAUCUUGUACCUUUAAAGAUACAGAAGGAAUGUAUAUUUAUUGAAUAUCCUUGUUAAUGCACACUACUAAAUUAUGUGAUCAUUCGAUUUUUACUAUUAAUAAAAAAUAAGCAUCUUAGCUUA